CUGCCAAAAUCGCUAAAUUCGAGGAAAAACAAAAGAAAAUGGCGGAAAAAGAAAGCAGCAGCAAGUGCAAAACCAGCCAAAGAGGUAUGUAAGAUAUAAAUAAAGUGAAGAUUUUUAUGAAAAUAUUUUAAUUUUAGGCGAAAGCUAAAAAAGAAACAACUGCAAAUGAGAUUCCAGUUGAUAAUACUCCAACAGGAGAUAAAAAAGAUUUGUCAAACGAGAUUCCAUCUGCUUAUUCUCCAAGUUAUGUCGAAUCAUCUUGGUAUUCUUGGUGGGAAAAACAAGGAUUUUUCAAGCCAGAAUACGUUGAGAAAAUUGCGAAAAACAAAAAUAAGAAUCCUGAAAGUUUUACUGUUUGUAUUCCACCACCAAAUGUAACUGGAACACUUCAUGUUGGACAUGCUUUGGCAACAACAAUUGAGGAUACAAUCACAAGAUGGUUAGUUUUAUUUUCCAACUUUCGAUAUAUACUAAUUAUUUUUAAGGAAUCGGAUGCAUGGAAAACGAACACUUUUCAAUCCAGGAUGUGAUCAUGCUGGAAUUGCAACUCAAGUUGUUGUUGAAAAACGUUUGAAACGUGAAAAAGGUUUGACGAGACACGAUUUGGGAAGAGAUCGAUUCAAUCAAGAAGUUUGGCAUUGGAAGAAUGAGUUAGUUUUGUUUGUUUGAUCAAUUUGAAUUUAUAUUCCUUGAAAAAUUAUCAUUUUUUCAGAAAAGGAGAUGUGAUCUACGAUCAAUUUCGUAAACUUGGUGCAUCUGUAGAUUGGGAUCGAGCUGUUUUCACAAUGGAUCCAAAAAUGUGUCGAGCUGUUACUGAAGCAUUUAUUCGAAUGCAUGAAACAGGAACAAUUUAUCGAUCAAAUAGACUUGUUAAUUGGAGUUGUACAUUAAGAAGUGCAAUUUCUGAUAUUGAAGUAGAUAAGAAGGAAUUAUCUGGUGCUACUUUGAUUGCUGUUCCAGGAUAUGAAAAUAAAAUCGAGUUUGGAGUUUUGAAUUCAUUUGCUUACAAAAUCAACGGAAGCGGUAAGAAAAGUUUUAGAAUUUUAUGAAAAAUAUUAGUAAUUUUUGUAGAUGAGGAAAUAAUUGUUUCUACAACUCGUAUUGAAACAAUGCUUGGUGAUUCUGGAAUUGCAGUUCACCCAGAUGAUCAAAGAUAUAAACAUCUUGUUGGAAAAACUUGUAUCCAUCCAUUUAUUCCAUCUCGAAUUCUUCCAAUCUUUACCGAUAGUUUUGUUGAACAAAGUUUUGGUACUGGUGCUGUCAAAAUCACACCAGCUCACGAUCACAAUGAUUAUGAAGUUGGAAUGCGUCAAAAAUUACCAUUCUUCAAUUGUAUCACAGAUGAUGGUUUGAUCUCUGAUGGAUGUGGAAAAUUCAGUGGAAUGAAAAGAUUUGAUGCAAGAAUUGCUGUUAUUGAAGAAUUACAAAAACUUGGAUUAUAUCGAGGAAAAGAAGAUAAUCCAAUGGUUGUUCCAACUUGUAGUAGAUCAAAAGAUGUUAUUGAACCAAUUCUUAAACCACAAUGGUAUGUAAAAUGUACUCAUAUGGCUGAAAAAGCUGUUGAAGCUGUUAGAAGUGGAGAAUUGAAAAUUGUUCCGGAUUUCCAUAUUGCAACAUGGAAUAGAUGGUUGGAAUCAAGUAGAGAUUGGUGUAUUUCAAGACAACUUUGGUGGGGACAUCGAAUUCCAGCAUAUUUUAUCGGUUUUACAGAUGGAAGAGUUAGUUUUUCUAUUUGGACUAUGCUUUUCUAAUAAUCACGUGAUUUCUACAGAAAUGAAUUUUCAAAUUUUUUCAGCCUCAAACUCUUUCCGAAGAAGAAUAUUGGGUAUCAGCUCAUACUGAACAAGAAGCUCUUAAAAAAGCCGCCAAAAAGUUCGGAGUAGAUGAAAAAUUGAUCAAAUUAAAAUGGGAUGAAGAUGUUCUUGAUACAUGGUUUUCUUCUGGAAUGUGGCCAUUUGCUAUUUUCGGAUGGCCAGAGCCAACAAAGGAUAUGGAUUUAUUCUUCCCAUCAGCUGUUUUAGAAACUGGACAUGAUAUUUUAUUCUUCUGGGUUGCUAGAAUGGUAUUUAUGGCACAAGAAUUGACUGGAAAAUUACCAUUCAAAGAGAUUUUGUUGCAUGCAAUGAUUCGAGAUGCUCACGGAAGAAAAAUGUCGAAAUCAUUGGGAAAUGUUAUUGAUCCAUUAGAUGUUAUCAGGUUAGUUUUUGAAUUUUAUUCCUAAUCUCUUGUUAAUUCAAUGAUUGUAGAGGUGUUUCUCUCGAAGGACUUUAUCAACAACUUUUGAGUGGAAAUCUUGAUGAAAAAGAGAUUGCUGUUGCAAAAGCUGGACAAGCUCGUGAUUAUCCAGAUGGAAUUCCUGAAUGUGGUGUUGAUGCACUUCGUUUUGCACUUCUUGCUUAUACUUCACAAGGAAGAGAUAUCAAUUUGGAUGUUUUGCGUGUUCAAGGAUAUCGAUUCUUCUGUAAUAAAAUCUGGCAAGCUGUUCGUUUCACUUUGAACCAAUUCACUGGUGAUGAAAAACCAACAUAUAAAAUCGAUAAUUCGAAAUUAUCUUCGACUGAUAAAUGGAUUUUGUCAAAACUUUCAUAUGCUGUCAAGGAAAUUAAUGGAAGUCUUCGCGUAUGUUAUUUUUUAGUUUGAAUUUGAAAUUUUUUUUUAGCAUUUCUGAAUAAUAUUUUUUGCAGGAUUACAAUUUCACUCAAGCAACAACUGUUUCUUACAAUUUCUGGCUUUAUGAUUUCUGUGAUGUUUACAUCGAAGCAAUCAAACCAGUUUUGUAUGGAGAAAACAAAACAGCAAAACAAGUUGCUCUUUCUGUUUUAUAUUUGUGUGUUGAUACUGGACUUCGAUUAAUUUCUCCGAUGAUGCCAUUUAUUUCGGAAGAAUUAUGGCAAAGACUUCCAAGAUUAGCAGAUUGUGAUUAUGAAUCUCCAUCGGUUACUGUAGCUGAAUAUCCAACUCCUGAACAAUAUCCAUAUUACAAUUCUGAUCUUGAAGCUGCUUUUGAAUUUGGAAAAGAUGUUAUUGGAAAAGUUCGAUCAUUGAGAGCUGAUUAUGAUUUGACUGCAAGAACCAAAACUAGCAGUAUGUUUUUGUCCAAAAAUACGGAUUUUUGGAAUACUAAUAUCAAGAUUCUACAAUUUUUAUUUCAGUUUUCUUUAUAUGAUUGAAAAUUUCUUCUAAAUUAAAAUUUAAAAAUGCAUAUUUUUUCAGUUCAAAUUGUUGCUGAAACUUCGAACGACGAGAAAGUUUUGAAUGAUUUGAAAGAUCUCAUCGCUGUUUUGACUUGGAGUAAAAAUGUUGAAAUUUUGAAAUUAUCUCAAAAGGAUUCAAUUGAAAAAGGAAGUGCACAUAUUGCUGUUGGAAAUCGAUGCCAAGUUUAUAUUAAUUUGACUGGAAUUAUCGAUAUCGCUAAAGAGGUAUUUUCACUUAUAAAAUGUAAAAAGUAAAUUUUAUUCCGUUUUUUGCAGAUCGAAAAAUUGACUGCAAAAUUGGCGAAAAAUGAAAUUGCUGUCAAAAAAAUUGGCGAAUUACAAUCGAGUAAUGACUAUGAGACAAAGGUUCCAUUGGGAAUUCGAACAAGAGAUCAAGAAAGAAAAACAUCUUUGGAAAAAGAAAUUGAAAAUAUUACAGCGGCUAUUGCUCAGCUUAAAACUCUCAACUAA